GAAUCCACCGCCACCGUUUCCGUCUUUCUUUAGUCGCCACCUGCAGCUUUCUUCACCACCGCGGGAUUCCUUCCCCCUUGUCUUCCUUUCCGCUACCGCUUUUACUCUCUAAUCCUCUAUUUAUCGAAUUCUUGACCCAAGAUCUUGAAUUCCUCCCCCCUUAAUUCCAGAUUCGAGGGUUUCUGAAGUAAUAAUAUGAUGGAUUCGUCGUCUUUGAGCCAACCGGAGUUCGAUUAUUUGUUCAAGUUGUUGCUAAUCGGGGAUUCGGGGGUGGGGAAGAGCAGCCUCCUGCUGAGAUUCACCUCGGACUCCUUCGACGAUCUCUCCCCCACGAUUGGUGUGGAUUUCAAGGUAAAAAUGGUUACAAUUGGAGGCAAAAAGCUGAAGCUUGCAAUCUGGGACACUGCUGGACAAGAAAGGUUCAGAACUUUAACCAGCUCAUAUUACAGAGGAGCACAAGGGAUCAUCAUGGUUUAUGAUGUAACACGAAGGGAAACGUUCACCAACCUUGCUGAUGUAUGGGCUAAGGAAAUAGACCUUUACUCAACUAAUCAAGAUUGCAUCAAAAUGCUUGUUGGUAACAAGGUUGAUAAGGAAAGUGAGAGAGUUGUCACAAAGAAGGAGGGCAUUGACUUUGCUAGGGAAUAUGGAUGUCUGUUUUUAGAAUGUAGUGCAAAAACACGAGUCAAUGUGGAACAAUGCUUUGAAGAGCUUGUCUUAAAGAUCUUAGAUACACCAAGCCUCUUGGCUGAGGGUUCGGCAGGUGUGAAGAACAACAUUUUUAAGCAGAAGCCACCACAAGCUGAUGCUUCUACUAGCAGCUGUUGUUGACUGUUCUCCUUUACCCAAGAUCUUACGCUUCAGAUUUCUUGUGACAGCAUACCCGCUGAUGGCGAUACAGAUGGUGAUUGGUGGUGAUUUUAUCUUUACAUUGUUCAUGUGCGGUACUGUGAAAUUAAAUGCAUGGUUCCAAUAUACAGUUAUAUUUUACAAUGAAUAUUAUCUUUUGUGUUAUCACGAUUUCUUUCUGGUUAUAGGGUAGUUCUCAUAAAGAUGAUGAAAUGUAAAUUAGUUUAUCAGAGCUGAAAUUUUGCUCUGUGAAACAGUGUGAUGCCCUAUCAGUAUCCAACUUUGAUUGUGUUGGGGUGAAGUGGUGAUAUAUUGGAUAAUCUUCAGCAGGAUGUUCUCCUGGAUAGAUAGUCUUUAA